UGGCAUGGCCGCCGCCGAGGACCACCAGCAUUCGGUGAAUAAUCAUAGUAACCACCAAAAUCAUCGCAAUCAGCAGCAGCAAAAAUCGGGCAGUUUCAGUGGAUGUGGUAACAGGCCUCAUAUUUCGUUGGACAAAUGUGACGAGUUUCAGUUCAAGGUGCCGACGGAGGCGCCGGUUUUCGAGCCGUCAGAGGAAGACUUUAGAAAUCCUCUGGUAUACAUCAACAAAAUACGACCGAUGGCGGAAAAGUAUGGAAUUUGCAAAAUUCGACCACCGAGUUCCUGGCAGCCACCGUUCACCGUGGACGUGGAGAAGCUCACCUUCACGCCCCGUAUCCAGCGUCUCAACGAGCUGGAAGCGGAAACACGCAUCAAGCUGAAUUUUUUGGAUCAGAUUGCGAAAUUUUGUGAGCUACAAGGUACAACGUUGAAGAUACCGAUGGUCGAACGAAAGCCCCUCGAUCUGUACACGCUCCACAAAGUCGUCAAUCAAGAGGGCGGUCUCGAAAUUGUCACCAAGGAACGGAAAUGGUCAAAGGUGGCGUGCCGAAUGGGGUAUCAGCAGGGCAAGAGUGUCGGCUCGAACCUCCGGUCACACUACGAACGAUUGCUUUAUCCAUUUGAUGUGUAUCGCUCGGGCAAAGUGGUAGAUCUGGCAAACAUUGAGCCAGACCCGACGGAGGACUGUGAGUACGAGCCACACUGCAUUGAAUCGCGCCAACAAGUGCAACCACCACUGAUUGCCGCCCGUCGCUCGCAGCGCUUCGCCCAGCAGCAGCAGCAGCAGCAGCAGCAACAGCAGCAGCAGCAGCAACAACAAAACAAACAAACAACGGGAAGCGGCAGUAGCAGCUGUAGCUCCGGUGGUAGCAUUCGUGGCUCGUCUGAGGAAUUGUCUCCUGUGAAGAAGGAAUUGCGCCAUCGGAGCAUGUUGGAGUUUGCGAACAAACUGGCUGCUGCACGAGCUAGUGGUGGUGGUGGGGAGGCGAACGGUGGUGGGGUUUCAAGCACCAAGGACGAGAAGGGUGCAGGCGGACACGGGUCGAUGGGCUACGACCCGAUGGCCAAGUACAUUUGUCACAUGUGCAACCGCGGCGAUGUUGAGGAAUCGAUGCUACUGUGUGAUGGUUGCGAUGCUUCGUACCAUACUUUCUGUCUGAUGCCGCCACUGCAGGACAUUCCCAAGGGCGAUUGGCGCUGUCCGAAGUGUAUAGUAGAGGAAAACACGAAGCCGGUCGAAGCUUUCGGGUUUGAACAGGCGCAGCGCGAAUAUACGCUUGCACAAUUUGGCGAGAUGGCCGAUCAGUUCAAAUCGAACUACUUCAACAUGCCUGUCCACCUCGUACCGACCGAGCUGGUGGAGAAGGAGUUUUGGCGCAUAGUGUCGUCAAUUGAUGAGGACGUUACGGUGGAGUACGGAGCAGAUCUGCAUACGAUGGACCACGGCAGCGGCUUUCCGACCAAAGCCUCGCCCUACGUAUCUGCCAGCGAUCAGGAGUAUGCUGAGUCAUGCUGGAACCUUAACAACUUGCCGGUACUGGAUGAGUCGAUCCUCGGGCACAUCAACGCCGACAUAAGCGGCAUGAAGGUACCCUGGAUGUACGUCGGAAUGUGCUUCGCCACGUUCUGCUGGCACAACGAGGACCACUGGAGCUACUCGAUCAACUAUUUGCACUGGGGAGAACCGAAGACGUGGUACGGAGUGCCGGGCAGCCGGGCGGAGGACUUCGAGCUGGCGAUGAAAUCGGCCGCCCCAGAACUGUUUCACUCGCAACCGGAUCUGCUGCAUCAGCUGGUUACUAUUAUGAAUCCAAACAUUCUGAUGAACGCUGAUGUGCCCGUUUACCGGACGGACCAGCAGGCGGGCGAGUUCGUAGUCACAUUCCCGCGGGCAUAUCACGCCGGCUUUAACCAGGGCUAUAAUUUUGCCGAGGCGGUUAAUUUUGCUCCGGCCGACUGGAUGAAAAUGGGCCGCGAGUGUGUUAACCAUUACUCGAAAUUGCGUCGUUACUGUGUCUUCUCGCAUGACGAGCUGGUCUGUAAAAUGGCACUUGAGCCGGAUCGGCUGAACCUUGGUAUUGCUACCGCAUGCUACAUCGAUAUGGCAGAGAUGGUCGAUACGGAGAAGAAGCUACGUAAAAACCUUCUCGAGUGGGGAGUCUCCAACGCGGAACGCGAAGCGUUUGAGCUACUGACUGAUGACGCUCGGCAGUGUGAAAUUUGCAAAACCACUUGCUUUCUCUCGGCCGUCAACUGCAAGUGCACCACGAACCUGGCCUGCCUUCGCCAUUUCGCCGAGCUUUGCGAAUGUCCUCCGGAAAAUCACACGCUCAAGUAUCGCUACACACUUGACGAGUUGCCGUUGAUGGUCCAGAAGCUGAAGGUCAAGGCGGAAUCGUUUGAAAAGUGGCUUUUUCGUGUGCGUGACGUACUCGACCCGUCAGUGCCGAGUAGCAUAACGCUCGAAGAAUUGCAGAGCAUUGCGCACGAGGCGGAAAGUCAGAAAUUUCCAAACAGCGUCAUCCUCGAGCGAUUGAACUUGUCGAUUCUGGAGGCGCAAAAGUGCAUUACCGUUAUUCAACAGUUGGACAUUAACAAGAUACGGACGCGAACGAGAAACUCGCUCGAGUGCGCCAAGUAUAAGCUGUCCAUGGAUGAGCUGGAACUGUUCCUCAAUGAGAUUAAUGCACUACGCUGUGUGAUUCGGGAGGGUGACAGUGUGCGCGAGUUGCAAAGGAUCGGACAGGAGUGGCUUCGACAGGCGGACAAGGUACUAAAGCUGAGGUUCAAAGACACGAACGUGCAACAGUUGAACCAACUGAUCGAGGAGGGUAGCGCAUUGUGCAUCGAGCUGCCACAGAUAGCGAAACUUCGGGAACGGCUGACGCAGUACAAGUGGUAUCGGCAGUCGCGAACACUGCGGGAGAAUACGAUCGAUCGGAUGUCGCUCGAAGAACUGAAGAAGGUGGUCAACGAGGGGAUGCAAAUAGCGCCACACACAGUAUUAGAGAAGGAGCUGUCACAAUUACACGGCAUAAUGCUACAGGUCGUCGAUUGGGAACAGUCCGCUAAUCAAUGCUUCAAAACGGAAACUCAACACAAAAUCAGCGAAAUCGAUAGUCUGCUGGAGCGAGCCCACAACAUCGAGGCUUAUCUACCGCUCGCUUCACAGCUGAAGGACGCACUGCACAAAUCGAAGGAAUGGCUGCACGCUAUUGAGACGCUGGAGAGCAGCAAAAAUUAUAACUUUUUCCAUACGCUCCAAAACCUUGCCAAUCGGGCGAAGCUGUUGCCGGUCGAAAUGGAGAGUAAGCUGCUGUGUGAGACCAUUCUCGAUUCAACCACCACCGGUGGUGGCUGUUACAAUAGAAACGGCGGUCAACGGCUUCUUUUCAAUUCGAUGGGCUUUAUUGGGGCUAGUGGCGAUGCGGAACAGCGCAAUACGGUGGCGUCAUGUUCAUCUUCAUCCUCGUUCUCGUCGUCCUUGAAGCGAAAGCGAAUUGGGUCGAUCUCGAAUGCAGAUGAUCAGCCCCUCGCCGGUGCCUGCAUGGAGAUGAUAAUGAAAAAGAUCAAAGAGGACAGUGGCAUUGGGGAGCACGACAAACGGUUGUUGCGGGCAAAACUUGUCCUAAAUUGGACCGAUGAGGUUGACAAAAUGGGCGUAAGUACAAUACAGCAACAGCAGCGAACGGGUGAUGGCAACAAGGUUGGUGACACGGUAGACGGUGUCAUUUAUCACUGUGUUACGUGCUACGAGAUGGCAACAAAGGCUAAUGCUAUGCGAAAAUAUCGGCGUAGGCAGCACCACAACUGUCGCCAUCAUGAGCGACAUCACCAGCGAGGAGCGUCGAGGCAAGAGCAGAAAUUAAAACAGCCGCAAGAGGAACAACAGCAACAGCCAGUUCCGCACGGUGGCAAUGAAAGCAUAUCCUCGUUUGGGCAGCUGCUGCAGAUGAAAACGCUGAGCGACGAGGAUUUUCCUCUCGAUGGUGCCGCCACCAGCAGUUUCGACGAUUUUUCUCUAAAAUUCGACGAGCAUUAUGACGAAGAAGAGGAAGAACAGGACGAUGAUGCGGAAGAUGAUGUGAAGGAGGAAGUGGACGAAGAGGACGAAGAGAGUGUGGCGGGUGAGACGAAGCUCUGUCAACUGGGAGAGAAUGGCUGCAAUGGUUGCAAGCCUGCGGUGGAUGCAGCGCCACCGGAGUACAGGGGAAACGAGGUUAAUGGAGGUUUUAAGAACGGUAGUAGUAGUGGAAAGGUAAAAACGGAGCCCCCUGAAGAUGAUCAAACCAUCAAUGAUGAGGUAAUGGACCAAGUCGCUAAUGCGGAGGCUAAAUCACGAAACGGUACGAAAGCGGGGUCCACGUCAUCGUCACUGUCACUAUCCUCGACAUCAAUGAAAACAACGGUAUCGAGCGUAAACACCGCUUGGCCCGAGAGUUCUAGUCAGUCGCUUGAAGUUUCGCUAUCGAGCACGAGCCGCAAUCCAUCUAAUUCAAAUGGCAAAAGCAACAGCACGGCGAAUGCCUACCACCAGCAGGACAAACGGACCCAAGAGCACCAGCAGCAAUCCAACAAUCUUACUCCGGGAUUAUGAUAAACCCAUUCGUUUAGCCGACAACGUUUCACGAACUCUGCGGUCUGCAAUUGCUGUACUGCUGAGUGAACGAGAAAGCGAACCGGUGUUUGUGAAUGGUGUUGGCAGAGUUAUACUCUGCCAUUAAACUACACAUGCGUGUGUGUAGUGAGCACGAAGAGCACAUCUGCUGUAUUUAGUUGGCUCGGGUAUAUCCGUAGACUCCACAAUAGGCCCACCUGAAUCCUGUUCCAUCCCGUUCCAUCGGGAGGCAUAAAAUUGAACAGUUUGAGAAAGAUUGAGGGAGCGUAGGAAAAAGAACGGAAGGAGAACAGUGAUUGAAACAAGAACAAACUGAUCUUUUGACGAUGAUAGAGCGAUAAUGAUGAUAACGGUUUGGCUAAAUUAUUAGACUCUAGCAUAUUUUUUAGUACAUAAGUAAGGGCAUCUGAUUGGGCGUGGAAGCGACGCUGGGAUGGUUAGGUCAUCAUCAUCAUAGCAGUAAACACUUACGAAACCAAGCAUGUAGUAGUAGGUUAGUCAUCCCUGUAUGCGGCACAGACGAGCAACAAAUUCGGUUCUAGUACGUACCACUAGUUCAACAAUCUUUUGUAGCGCAGCGACUACUUGGAGGACGUUUCUUAGCCUUAAACUUGGGUUAUUACACUGUUUGGUAUGCAAAGCGGUUAGUCGCCAUUUGUACGAAAGAAUAUUGUAUAUAAAAUGCUUUUAAUAGACAUUUC